UUUAAAAAGUAGGUUAUUUCCUUUCAAAAUAAACAUUUAAAGUAUAUAUUCGCUGACGGACCAGGAAGUUAUCAUUUAAAAUGUAUGAUAGGAUGCAAUGCGAGGAUAAUGUUUUAUAAGAUGUUUUUUAGAUUGUGUGUUAUUCUGUACUUUGGAAUGCAAUAUUCAACUUCUGCUGUGGUCAUUUAUGCCAAUGAGAGAAGUAAUAUAACAUUAUCAUGUAGUUCCAGUAGGAAUUACCCGAGUUGGACUGGACCAGAAGGACUUUACAAUUACGCAAAUACUGCAAAUAUUUCAAACUUUAAUCCUGCUCUCGGUGAGAAAUUGAACCGACUGUCAUGGGGUCAAAAUAAAAUGGAUCUUGUGAUAAGCAAUGUUGUGAGGAAUGACAGAGGACAAUACUCAUGUUAUGCUUCAGCAAUGAAUCUUACUGUGAGAGUUCCACCAUCUGCACCAACAGUGCUGGAGACCGAGUACAAAGACGAUGUAGGUUUAAUUGUUAGGGGCUCUGAGGGUGUUGCCUUGACACUUACCUGUCGUUCAUCCGGUGGCUUUCCAGCCUCAGAUAUGGUUUGGAUGAAAGGAAGUACACACUUGCAGACCAGUAAGAACGAAACAUACAUAAAUUCAAGUGAAACAUAUAACAUUAUUGGAAGUCAUACAUUCAUGCCUUCAUCAUCAGAUGACGGAGUCCAGUUUAUAUGUAAGACAUUAUUUGAAAUAGGUCCAGACAAUGCACAACAGACGGAAGUUACCCUGUUUUUGAGUUUAAAGCCCAGCAAACCAAAAGUCACUCAGACAUCAUCUGUAUCAAUCGGAGGCACUGUAGAGGUCAGGUGUACAACAACGGGUUGUAGACCUGCUGCAAAUAUUUCUUGGUCUUACCAAGGGUCAACAGCAACAGGUGAAGUGACUGCUACACUUGAUGCUACUACAGAAACGUAUACAGUUGUGUCAUUAUUUAGACGACGGGUGACUGCUGCAGACAAUGGGCGUACUGUACAAUGUAUAGUUACACAUCAAACCCUGAUCAGUCCGUCAGAGAAAACUGCAUCAGUUAACCUUAAUAUUCACUUCGGACCCUCUACAACACGUAUUACUGGUAACAAAGAAAUAAUUGCUACAGGGCAAACAUCAUUAACAUUGACGUGUACCACAGGUUCCUCUAAUCCAGCCUCUGAUAUCACAUGGAAAAAUGGUUCUGAAACAUUAUCUAGUAGUCGUCCAUACUCGGAAACUACUGGAGACAAUAAUGGAUUUGUAAUAUCACAGCAACUGAUAUUGUACCCAACACGGUAUAUGGACGGUGAUGUUAUUGUAUGUUCAGUGUCAAAUACAGUGUCACAAUCUGAUGUUGUGGAUACCAUUACACUCAAUUUGAAAUAUUCUCCACUCGUUACAAUCCAAGGACAGGAACAGAAUACACUAACAGAAGGCGAAAGUAAACAACUAUUUUGUAAAGUAGACAGUAAACCACCAGCUACUAUAAAAUGGUACUAUGGCAGCACUUUAAUAUCUCAAGGAACACCUAUCAGCAAUGUACUCAAUUACAGUUUAACACCAAUCAACAGAACACACUAUGGAAAUUAUAUCUGUAGGGCAGACAAUGGAAUAGGCUCGGAACAUCAGGAGCAAAUCUCUAUUACUGUUAGAUUUAAACCUCUUACAACAACAAUAACAGGAAACAGCAAUGUUAUUGCUAAUGGAAAAAAUACAUUGCCACUACUGUGUAUAUCUGGAAGUUCAAACCCGGUAUCUGACAUAACAUGGAGAAUAAACAGUGUCAUCAGACCAAGUAACGGAAGUCUGUCUGACCAGAGUGGGGAAUAUGGCGGUAUGAAACGUCGGCGGAGACUUACAUUGACCCCAACACGUGACAAUCAUGGUGACAGUAUUUCAUGUGAAGCUUACAAUAGUAUAGGGACAUCUGAAAUAAAUACAGUGACACUGGAUCUAAGAUAUCGUCCAUUAAUCCAACCAAUGGCAGAAAUUAUCGCUGUGGAAGGAAACACUACUGGUCUCACGUGUAUUGCUUCUAGUAAACCUGCAUCUACAUUCAAAUGGUACCGAGAAGGACAUAGUGGAAUUCUCCAUCAAGGAACUGGAACACUUGCCAGUAACAAAUUGACAUACACAAUAAGAUACGUACGGAGAACAGAUGCUGCAAUAUACAGAUGUAAUGCUAACAAUGGUAUUGAAACGGCAGAUAAUAAAAACGUUCUUCUUUCUGUAUAUUAUCCACCAGAUGUCACAGCAACAACAACAAAUACCACAGUUAAGGCUAAAACUGUCGUGAUAAUGUGUAAUGCUAGAGGGGUACCGAACAGUAACUACAGGUAUGGUAAAUGGACACAGACCUGGCCUGGAUAUAAUUUUCCAGUCUCAGAGAAACCCGGAAGUGAGAAACUUGUAUUGACAGACGUCACAUAUGAGCACUCUGGUGUUUAUACGUGUUCUGCGAGUAAUGGAAUUAAAGUUUUUGGUACAAACAAGGAAUUCAUGGAAGGAUCGGUACAAUUAAUAUUGCAAUCGUUCCCGAUAUUUACUAACGUUAGUAAGAAAAUUCCAGCCGAAUUAAACGGAAAUACGACUGUAGAAGCUCAUUAUUACUCAAAUAUAGCAGGCUCUAGUGUGAAAAUCUACAGAAAUAGAAAUGGUGCCCGCCAAGAAGGAGUUAUCUAUACUGUAUCAGAGACUCGUGUAGAAAUAAACCUGCCGGUGUUUAAACAUAUCAUCAAAACUGGUGGAACUAGAGCUAGAAUCUUCAUUCAGAUACUUUCAAUGGACGACCUAGGACUUUAUGAUGUUGUUGUGUCAAAUGAAAUAGACUCUGAUACACGAUCAUUUGAAAUAGUUCUGAAAGGUCCUCCAAGCAAGCCGUCUGAUGUCAGAGUAGACAUGAUACAGUAUGAUAAAGCCCGUUUGUCCUGGAUACGGGGAUACCAUGGAGGAUUUGCACAAACAUUUGUCAUACAGCUUAGUACUGACCUAAGUAACUGGAGAAAUGUCACUGUUUACGGCGGAAAUGAUGAGAGUAGCGAACCAGUUUCUCAUGUUUUGUCAGGUCUUCAUGAUUCAACAACAUAUUAUGUGCGAAUGUAUGCCUUUAACAAAGAGGAAAAUAGCUCUCUUACAGAGAACCUAAAUUACACUACGCCUCCAAUCAAAGAAAAAGAAUGUGGUCAUACAGGGGACAGUUCUGUCCUAAUUGUGGGACUAGUUUUAGGACUAGUUAUAGUUGUCGUCGUCACAUAUGCAAUCUACAUCACAGUUCAACAGAGAAGAAAACAAGUAUUUAUUCAGAAGGAAGACAUCUCCGAGCAAGCCAACAAACAAAUGUAUGUAAAUCUGGCUGUAUCGCCUGAAGGUGGAGCAAAUAUAAAGAAGAAGAAAGAGCGAGAAAACAACACACUCAAGGACGACGCACCCUCUGAAAACCAAUACACUGAACUAAAUAAACAGCUGAGAGAUCAAGAGUCGGCAUAUGAAGCCAUAUCGUCAAUGUGAACUCAAGAAGCAUAAACGGCUGAUUACAUGCGGCGAUACUUUUACACAAGAAGACGUGUAUCAUAUUGUACGUCUUCUUUCUGUUGGAAAUCAAAGGACAACGUAUUCCACAGUUUGUUUGUUUAUUUUGAUUGGUUUUAAAGACAAAGAACGAAAAACCAACAUAAACCCAAAGGAAUAAUGCAUCUUUUCCACUCGUAAUGUGUUAAAGCAAUGACUUUCUUGGGUGACUGCAUUAUGACAUCUGCUUCUAUAAUUGAGGCCUGCGGCUCAGAUACAUUAAGUCAAAUGUUUAGUCUAAGAAUGAGCCCGUAUGAACAAUCGUGGAACAAUAAAUACCGUUCGAAUAAAUAUCAAAUUGCAGUAGCUCAACAGAGGGUGUUGACCUGAUACGUUAUGGUACGGAUGGACUUAUGAAAUGAGGUGAAUUCAUGUGCUGACAUUUAAUAAAUUAUGCUAGGUACCCUUAAUUGUGCAUAUAGUAUAUCUUUUACCCGUAACUUGGCAUACCCGGUAUACUAUCUACCGUGUAUCCUUGAAUUCACACAUAUCAUACCAUGUGCCCUUAACUGUGACAAAUGAAGGCUGUUAUAUAUCUAAUUUUAAUUUCGGCAAGAUUGUUCUAUUUGGAAAUUACAGUAUGUAACUAGUUACACAGUCCUUUAGUUUGGUUACUAGGGGCUUGUCUUCAAUCUCGCUUUCGAAGAAGACAAGCUUUUGCUGGUACAUGUAUAUCACACAAUAAUGUUUAAAUUAGUAGUAGCUACGUUUGUAGCAGUGUGUAUAUAAUGUAUAUAAUUGAUCUGUGAUGUCGAUUCUCCGUUUAGCUCAGUUGGUAGAGCAUCUGACUUGCAAGCAGAAGGUCGCAGGUUGGAGUCCUGUAUCUGGCUGCACAUUUUUCCGCUCCUAUUACAUUGGUGCCGUGAGUGUGGUGACUAGCCUUGGAAUCCUAGAGCUAGGGUAAAGCAAUGGCUGGGUUAGUCAAAAGAAUUCUAUUUGGAAAUUACAGUAUGUAACUAGUUACACAGUCCUUUAGUUUGGUUACUAGGGGCUUGUCUUCAAUCUCGCUUUCGAAGAAGACAAGCUUUUGCUGGUACAUGUAUAUCACACAAUAAUGUUUAAAUUAGUAGUAGCUACGUUUGUAGCAGUGUGUAUAUAAUGUAUAUAAUUGAUUUGUGAUGUCGAUUGUCCGAUUAGCUCAGUUGGUAGAGCAUCUGACUUGCAAGCAGAAGGUCGCAGGUUGGAGUCCUGUAUCUGGCUGCACAUUUUUCCGCUCCUAUUACACGUUAAUUAGUGUUUCCGUAAAUUAAGUGUCGGUUUCCGAAACUAAAUAACGAUACUGUAUAACUAUUGUAAACCAAUAAAUUAAUAUCUUUAUGUCGCAUAUGCAGAUUUAGCUGUGCGGAGAAAGCGUUCAGGUACAAAUCUCGGGGUUGUGGGAUCGAGUCCUCUGAUUUUGUAUAAAUUUUUUUACUUCAUCUAUAAACUUAACCGACGGGAGACUUGUCACACUUGUCAUUAUUUAUCGUUCAUUUAUUGAAAGAAAUACUCUACCAUUCAAUAUUCCUCUACGUACAUGUCAGUAAACUGUAUUAUAAAAUGUCGACUUAAAUCUUCAGGGCUGGACAAGUGUUCUGUCAGUCAACGGACUUUUCAAGGAAUUGGUGUCAGUUCACGAGAAAAAUGAGAUGUUUCAUAAAAAAAUUUAGAAUGAAAGUAAUAUUGAUACAAUUAUAUUACAUUGAAGUAAAAAGUAUGGUUUGAAGAGAAUUCAAACCCAUGGUAACAUGCAUAGAAGUCUGAGAGCUUACCACCACACCACCAUGCCACUGAUAAACUAUAUCGAUUAUUUUAAUAAAUUGAGAUAUUUUACGGACACAGAUAUCGCGAAAAAUAACGAAAAACGCACGAAAAUAUUGGCGGAGAUUAAUGAGUGCCAGGUCAAUACUUACGGACAAUACCUUAACAUUUGCAUUGUAAAAUAUAGGUAAACAGUGGACAAUGUUUAAUGCACUUCCUAUUCAAAUUAUUGUUAUCAUUGCAUAUAAAAUAGAAAUCUCAAGUUUUAAUGCAUGCAGUUACUUUGACGAAAAGUGUAUACCUUAUUAUUCGUCACCAUGUUAGAAUAUUUAAAUGAUGGGUGUACUCCCUUAUGCUGUAAUUAAUGGUUUAAUAUGUAUAUUUGUGAUACAUGUUUUAUGUUUGAAGAAUUGAUGAGUAACUGAAGUAUAAAAUGUUAAAUAUCCAUGUAUAAUCUUUACAUAAUAUUUAGUUGUUUACAUGUAAAUUUACUGAUUUAUGUCUACCUGUUUGUAUAUAUGUUAUGCUCUUCAAGAAUGGAGGAAAUAAAAUAAUCUAUCUAUC